GAUAUAUAUAGAAGGGGAGAGGGGAAACAAAGAGUCUGAGACAGAGAAAGGGUUGGAGAGAGACAGGGAGAGAGAGACAGGGGAGAGAGGGGAGAGAGAGUAAUGCAUCAACUUAAAAUAUUUGUAAAAAUGUAGAGAAGGAGGGAGGGAGAAACAAAUAGUCUGAGACAGAGAAAGGGUUGGCGAGAGACAGGGAGAGAGAGAGAGUAAUGCAUCAACUUAAAAUAUUUGUAAAAAUGUAGAGAGGGGGAGAGGGAGAAACAAAUAGUCUGAGACAGAGAAAGGGUUGGCGAGAGACAGAGAGAGAGAGGGAGAGAGAGAGAGAGAAAGGGUCUCUCCACACGUGGCUGCUUUAUUCUCUUCGUUUCAUUUAUUUAUCUCUCCCGGUGAGUUUCAGGACUGUAAAAUGUCCUCUCCGUGUAAUAUGUUUUAGUUUGUAAGAGUCUCGUCUCUCCAGUGAACUCGGUCCUCUCAUGGUGCUCUGUCUCCACUCGGAUAGCCUACAUAGCGCCAUUCAGGCGCAUCUUCUUCCCUUCCUCACGGAUCAACUGAACAAAAGUCGACAACAUGGAUCUUUCAUUUAUGGCUGCGCAGAUCCCGGUUAUGACAGGAGCAUUCAUGGACUCAUCACCCAAUGAUGACUACAGUGCUGAUCAUUCCCUCUUCAACUCAUCUGCCAGUGUCAAUGCAGCUCCUAUGACCUUAGUUCAGACUCAACACGAUGAGCAGCAGCAUGUCUCCACUGAUGCUAUAUGGCUGUGGAUCGCCAUCAUUGCCACCAUUGGGAACAUUGUGGUGGUCGGAGUGGUUUACGCAUUCACUUUCUGAUCCUUCUGACUGUAGAAACUGUAGAGGUGCUGGUUAUUCUGAUAAUCCUUUGGUUCAUGAAUAACCAACAUUUGCACAUAACACUUUCCCUUCUACAACUUUAUCUGGAAGCUUACACUUCAAUAAGCUUUUUUGUUUAUUCUGAAGAUGUUCAAAUGGAUUAACUAGCUUUAAGUGAUGAACCUACUUCAAUAUCCCUGAAGACCUUAAAAGCAAUUAAGAGGAGUGUUCUUUAAUUAUUUGGAUGACAGGGCAACAAGUCUUUAAACAUUAAAGGGAGUUAGGGUGUGUAUGUACACACACACACACACACACACACACACACACACACACACACACACACACACACACAAAGAAAGUGUUUUGUAUAUAAAUUAGCAACACUACAGCUAUCAUAACACUUGUCUAGGUGUUAUGAUAAAAUAUGAAUGUCUUAUAUAUAAAAACUGUUUUAUAGUUACAUAUUUACUUCUGUAUAACAUCCAGCUAUAUUACUUUGUAUAAGGCUAUAUGUUUUAAAAAAAAACAGUCCAGUUGAUUGAAGUCAAACAGUAGAAAAAACUAAAUAUUUUUGCAUCAGGUAGUGUUUUUCUAUG